CCCUCGCUUGCUGCUGCCGGAGGAUCCCGCCAGGAUGUCGUGGUGCACGAUCGAGUCUGAUCCUGGUGUUUUCACCGAGUUGAUUCAGGAAAUGCAAGUAAAAGGUGUACAGGUGGAGGAGCUUUACUCUCUCGAUGUGGACUCUCUUAGUCAACUAAGGCCAGUAUAUGGGUUAAUUUUUCUCUUCAAGUGGAUGCCUGGAGGAAAUGAUGAACGGCCUGUUGUCAGCGACCCAAACCCAAACCUUUUCUUUGCUCGCCAGGUCAUCACGAAUGCAUGUGCCACUCAAGCUAUUCUCUCGAUUCUCAUGAAUCGCCCAGAAAUCGACAUAGGUCCAGAAUUGUCAAACUUGAAAGAAUUCACAGGAGCUUUUGCGCCUGACAUGAAGGGCUUGGCUAUCAACAACAGCGACUCUAUCCGGGCUGCCCACAACAGUUUUGCAAGGCCAGAGCCAUUUGUUUCUGAUGAGCAGAAAGUUGCCACUAAGGAUGAUGAUGUCUACCAUUUCAUAAGCUAUGUACCUUUUGAGGGUGUUCUCUAUGAGCUGGAUGGGUUGAAGGAAGGGCCUGUCAGCCUUGGGCAGUACUCCGGCGGUCCCGAUGACCUGGGCUGGCUGCAGAUGGUGCAACCAGUCAUACAAGAGAGGAUUGAGCGCUACUCACAGAGCGAAAUCAGGUUCAACCUUAUGGCCAUCAUAAAGAACAGGAAAGACGUGUACACCGCUGAGCUGAAGGAGCUGGAGAAGAAGAGGGAGCAAAUCCUGCAGGAGAUGAACGAGGCCACCGCCACAGACACCGAGCCCCUGAACAGCUCGCUCGCGGAGGUGGCAUCGGCGAUUGAGACCGUCGGUGAGAAGCUCAUCAUGGAGGAAGAGAAGUUCAAGAAGUGGAAGACAGAGAACGUCCGGAGGAAGCACAACUACAUCCCUUUCCUCUUCAACCUUCUCAAGGCGCUGGCGGAGAAGAAGCAGCUCACGCCGCUCGUCGAGAAGGCCAGGCAGCAGAAGGCUCCCAGCACCAGCACAAGCUAAACGCAUCUUUAGAGCGCGGUAGUAGUUUCGUUGGAGGUUAAUUGCACGCAUCUUUCUCUCUCAGAGUGCAUCAUGUUACCAGAUACGGUACCUAGUUGGCAGCAGCUUGUAAGGUUAUAAACCAUUUUCUACUUCAUAUUUCUUCUCCAAUUGUGCUGGAAUAUCAACUUUUUUUGCUGGGUAGAACUGUAGAACUUCAUUUAAUCUGGAGGGUGGUAGAAUUGGCAGCACAGUUGUUUCUCUG